AUGGACCAAAGUCAAAUUGUCACUGGCAAUCCCGUCGCUGUCAUCGGGGCAGGUAUCUCGGGCCUCGCGGCAGCCAAACGUCUUGCUGCGGAAGGCUUCCAAGUUGACGUUUAUGAUCGUCAGAGCCAGGCAGGUGGACUGUGGAAUUUCUCACCGGAUCCGAAAGCUCCUUUCGCAUCAGCGGUCUACGGCGAUUUGCAUACCAACUUCCCACGCCAGCUCAUGGAGUUGCAGGAUUAUCCAUGGACCAAUCAGCCCUUAUUCAUGCACCACAGUUUGGUGCAGAAAUACCUCGAAGAGUACUCUCGAAAUAUUCAGAAGGAAUUUCACCGCCAAAUACGAUUCAAUUUCGGCACCGAAGUCGUGCGCCUCUACCAUGAAUCCUACGCUGGCGGACACUGGGAACUCACUUACCAGUCUUCUAAAGCCACCACAGGCGAAAAGGCCACUCGACAGUACAUAUUUGUCGUCGUGGCAGUGGGCGUCUACGAUCAGCCUUUCAUACCCUAUUAUGAAGGACUUUCAGAGUGGCGUGAAGUCUGGAAAGGCUCGGUCUCCCACUCAAAGUCUUAUCGAAGCCCAGACGACUUUGAGGACAAGAGAGUCCUCAUUGUUGGCUACCAAGCAUCCGGCUUUGACAUUGCCAAUAAGAUUGCAGCUGGAACUUCUGGGUUGUGGAUAUCUUCAACACGGCCGAUUGCAGACGCACUGCCCCAGAAUGCAAUCCCUGUGACAACAGUGUCUCACUUCGAUGCAGCCAAACGUAGUGUUACUUUUACAGACGGGCAAUCCGUUGUAUUUCAACGCAUCAUCUUUUGUACUGGUUAUCAGUACCACCAGCCUUUUAUCAAGAAGAACAGCACCGCCGAUUUACCCCUUUUCCCCAGUGGACUGAGCAUUGAUCAUCUGCAUGAACAUACGAUCUAUGUCGAGCAACCGACUCUUGCAUUCCUAGGAAUUGUGAGGGGUGCGGUCCCCACCUUUCUCGUUGUACAAGCCCAGGCCGCUUUUGUCGCGAGGUCUUUUGCUGGCCACCUACGAGUGUUAACACGCCCGCGAAGUGAGGAUACUCAGCACAAAUUGCCGUAUCCCUUAUUUAUGGACUACCUAUUGCGCCUGGGGAGCCUCUGCGAUAGAGCUGACAAAGGCCGCUUGUGGCGCGUAACACCAGGCAAUAAUCCAAUCCUUCGUUGGACCCUGGAACUGGACUUGGUCAGGACGAAGCGAGGGGAGAUCCGAGGAGCUUUCAUAUCUCACAACGACCAGAUGGCUGGAGUUUGGAGUGCCACAGAUACCCUGCAUGAGUAUCAUGGUAGGUUCUUGACAGGCUCACACCAGAACAUUGUUGCCCUCGUGCCUUUCCUGAUACUCAAUUACGGCUACAAAGAUGACCACGACUCCGAUAUGACACUACCAUUCGAGGGAUGGGAAGAGGGAUUUGGCCGAAUCAUUGGAAAGUCGAUCAUUUACUCGACUCGUAUGCUCUCUGAAACACUCGGACCAGAAAGCAAUAGCGUGAUAAGCAGGGGCUCACAGAAAUUGUUCCAUCUCGUUCGGGAUCGAUGGAGUCGCUGGGCUGGAACUCGCAAGUGGUCAGAGACUGAUCAAUUGGAAGAUUGGAAGAAGGCUUUCGAAAAGUUUUCCGCCUUGCGUACAAGAAGGCUUAGUUCGCCCGUAGCACCGCCUCACAUCCCGCCAUACAUCCCGCCAUACAUCCCGCCAUGUGCUCCGAUCUCGCGCCCAGCCCGACAUUCGAGUCCCGGAUGCACAGGACCUCAGGUCUUCACCGUCCGAUCCGGAUUUGAUGGCUGCCAAAAUUGA